GCCUGACUCAGCCCUCUGGUCUGGCCCUCCUCUGGACUAAAACUGGAGCCAAAGUGUCUCCUGAAGUCUGCGUGUGAGCACAGAGUUGUCCUUGUCCUUUGUAUGAUGUCUCCUCUGGUGGCCCGCCUGCUGCUGCUGCUCUGUGUGAUUUUACCUCUUUACGGUGUAGAAAAGGUGAAAAAUAGAGGCUACAGAAAGGAGCCUGACCUUGACAAGUGCAGUGGAAAUGAUGCAGAAAAGCCCAACUGCACUCGAGAAGGAAGAAGAUCUGCUUAUUUGCACAAAAUGUAUGGCAGCUGCAUGCAGGGACCAGCAGGCACCCCUGGUAGAGACGGCAGCCCCGGUGCCAAUGGCAUCCCAGGGACGCCAGGUAUCCCCGGCCGUGAUGGGAUCAAAGGCGAGAAAGGUGAAUGCGUGAGUGAGAUCUUUGAGGAACCUUGGAAGCCAAACUACAAGCAGUGUGCCUGGAACUCUCUGAAUUAUGGGAUCGACCUUGGAAAAGUAGCUGACUGUACUUUCACCAAGCUGCGCUCAGACAGCGCGCUCAGAGUCCUCUUCAGCAGCUCCCUCAGGCUCAAGUGUAAGAGCGCAUGCUGUCAGCGCUGGUACUUCACCUUCAACGGGGCCGAGUGCACAGGACCUCUGCCCAUUGAGUCCAUCAUCUACCUGGACCAAGGAAGUCCAGAGCUCAACUCAACCAUCAACAUCCACAGAACAUCUGCAGUGGAAGGGCUGUGCGACGGCGUGAAGGCCGGGCUGGUGGACGUGGCCAUCUGGGUCGGGACCUGUGCUGACUACCCGAGAGGUGAUGCCUCCACAGGCUGGAACUCCGUAUCCAGGAUUUUAAUCGAGGAACUGCCUAAAUAAAAAUCUCUUCCAUAAAGGGGAGGAGUCGGUCCUGAUAGUAUAACCGUGUGUUUUCGGGCCUUCCAAAAUGAUCAGGUAUGGUUCACUCAGGCAGAACAGUCACUGAACUUGAAUGUUUUUGGUUUUCUUUAAAUACUGUUCUCUCUGACAGGCUGUAAACAGGAAUACUGUCAUUCUGUUAUCCAGAAAUAGUUUGGGUGCUGUCAGAAAAUACAGUAUUCACUUAAAAGUCAAUGAUGAUGAUAAAGUAUAAGCACAGCCUGUUUCCAUGCAUUACUGCUGUUAAUAAAGUAACUUUU